AUGCAAAAAAUAGAACCAACUGAUAACAAUGAAGCACAAUCAGAAAGUCGUUUAUCAGAUGUUGAAACUAUAGCUAAAGCAUUUGCUCAGGGAAAAAGGAACCCUUCAGCAGCUGAUCCUACAAUUGUUAUUGUGAAAAAUCCACAUUAUCUUAUGCAACUUCAAUUCCUCCUGUUUCAGCCCCCCUCCAUCUUCAAUUCCACUAGACAACCAGUUCCUGUGGGAAACAUUCCUCCUGCAACCGUGAAAGUUGAGCUAACAAUGGUUACUUCAAUGCCACCUGUACCGGUGCCUAUACUUGCACCAUCAUUCCAACAUGUGCCACCUGUCCCACGUCCUACACCACCCAUGCAAAUUUCAUCACCAUUAUCAGUUUCACAAGAAAUGUUAUCAAGUAAUGAUGGAAUCCAAGAUAUGAAGCCAAUUGUGAGUAAUAUACAACCACCUAUGCGUCCAGCUGUCACUGUAAAUCACAACAUUCUCAAACAACCAAGCAACAAUUGCUGGAGGAACAUCCAUGGGAAUACCAAAUCCCAUGGCUGUGUAUAUGUCCAACAUGAUAUCAAGCGGAAUGGCAUCCACAAUUCCGGUUGCCUAAAUCCUAAUGUUGGUCUCACCCAACAAUCAACUGGUGCUUUACAAUCAGCACAAUCAAAAUAUGUCAAAGUCUGGGAGGCUUGCAGCAAAUUGGCCACCAACAAUGCAAAUAGUGCGACUUACAUGUCAAGGUCACAUGAACAAAAAAGGAUACUAAAGAGCAAAGUGAUAGUGAUGCCCUUGAGAUAA